AUGUCUUCCAAGGAAGCUGGAGCUGGCAUUUCAGCCCAGAAUAAGUCCACUUGGUCGAGCUUCCUCAAGUCGAUCGCAUCUUUCAACGGCGACCUCUCCUCCCUAACCGCACCUCCUUUUAUCCUGUCCGGCACCUCUUUGACCGAAUACUCCGCCUACUGGGCCGAGCACCCCGCCCUCUUCGUCGCCCCGGCUCAAGAACCGGAUGCGGAAAAGCGAGCUCUCGCCGUGCUGAAAUGGUUCUUGAGCACCCUCCGUCAACAAUACUGCAGCAGAAGUGAGAAAUUGGGUAGCGAGAAGAAGCCUCUGAACCCGUUCCUCGGAGAGCUUUUCCUUGGCAAGUGGGAUAGCGAUGCGAAUGUUGGCGAGACCAGCUUGAUCAGCGAGCAAGUGAGCCACCAUCCUCCGGUUACUGCGUACGCGAUCCGGAACGAGAAGCAUGGUGUUCAGCUACAAGGAUACAACGCACAGAAGGCUUCCUUCUCGAGCACCAUCUUCAUCAAGCAAAUCGGACAUGCCCUGUUGACCAUCACCCCGCCCGGCGCUGACAAGAACGACCCAUCUCAGCAAGAACAAUAUGUCAUUACCCUGCCACCGCUACACGUCGAGUCGCUGAUUUACGGUACUCCUUUCAUGGAGCUUGAAAAAUCGACCUACAUCGUCAGUAGCACCGGCUACAUAUCGAAGAUCAACUACUCCGGCAAGGGCUGGCUGAGCGGCAAGAAGAACACAUUCAACGCAAGUCUAUACAAGGAGAGUGAGGGCGAGAAGAAACCCUUGUACACAAUCGAAGGCCAGUGGUCAGAUACAUUUACAAUCAAGGACGCAAGGACCAAGAAGGAGGUGGAAACCGUCGCAGUGAAAGACCUCAAGACGACACCUCUUACCGUCACCCCGAUCGAGCAACAAGACUUGUACGAGAGUCGCCGCGCAUGGCGUGACGUCGCCGCAAACAUCGAAACCGGCAACAUGGACGCCGUCUCCCACGCCAAGGGCAAGAUCGAGAAUGCUCAGCGUGAACUCCGCAAGGCCGAAAAGGCCGAGGACCGUGAGUGGGAGCGCCGCUUUUUUGACCGCGUCGACGAGAACUACGAUCCUCUCUUUUCCGCGCUCGCGCAAAAGGCCGGUCUUACCUCGCUGGAGAGCGACAAGACCGGUGGGGUGUGGCGUUUCAGCCCAGAGAAAGCCGCCGGAGCUAAAUCGCCGUACCACAAGGUUGGCGGUGAGGGCCUAGGUGUUGAGUCGCAGUAA